CGGUCCCUAUUUGUCUUGGUCCCCGAUCUCGAGCAUUCAAUAUCGCUCGCCUCUCCUUCGCAGGCACAGAUCUCCUCCGUUUCUCGAACCUUCUGUGUCCUGGGGUUCGUCGCGUUCUUCCGCGCCGUAGCCCGAUCUCGUCCCGACUCGCCGAUCGCGGACUGCCAUGGCCGAGGAUUUCGAGUUCGCCGACAAGGUCCCUCCGUCGUUCGAUGGCAUGGGAAAUGAGGCUGCAGAUGCUGGAGGGCUCAACCCGGGAUUGAUCGUGCUGCUGCUGGUAGUCGGGAUUCUAUUGGUAUUUCUUGUCGGGAACUAUGUACUUUACGUGUAUGCUCAAAAGACCCUUCCACCUAAGAAAAAGAAGCCAGUCUCUAAAAAGAAGAUGAAGAGGGAAAAACUGAAGCAAGGGGUUUCUGCACCAGGAGAAUAGAACACAUGCUUCCUAUUUAAAGGCACGAUGUCCUUGGUCCAGAAUUUUUCCUUCAUCUGGCAUUUAAGACACUAUUGGAUUGCCUUAAAGAUUGUUUUACCUUGUUCUUGUUGGGUGCAGCUGGUAAAAUAAGUUGCUAAAAUGUUGUUUAGCCUAGGAUUAAUUAAGGAAUGUUACUUGGACAUCCUGUGUCUUUCCAUAUAUAGUCGCAGCCACUGCAAUCAUCAUUUACGAUCGGUCCGU